GUCUAAUUUUUGAUUUGUCAGUUCAAUCAGUACAUACUUAUUGCUGUGGUGAUUAUUAUUGAAUUUUCUUUUAUAUGUUAGAGAAAAGAAGAUUGUUAAUUGUUUAAAUCGAUAGAAGUGAAGACGCUACUCAUUUUGAAUGCUUGUAUAAAUUAGCUAUGAUACAGUAAUCGUUUGAUAAUAGUAACUCAAAUCAUGUCGGCCACCGGUAGCCUGAACCAAUACAUACAACUGAUCGAGCGCAUGUAUAGAACCUCUCAGGGAAAUUUCCUGUCUCGGUUACUGUCGCUUCGUGACGAACAUGUAGGAAACAGGAACCUGCGAUCAAGUGAUAUUGCCACACUCGUGGAAGGGAACUGUGUGGCUCCAUUGGACGAAAUAGUGAUCAGUCAUCUGCUAUGUGUAAAGUCACUGUACUUGAGGGACUACAUGGAGGCCUUCGAGCAUCAGAGUGCCUGUGUGGCCUGUGUCGUGAAACUGUUGCAAAAUCAGAAGGAAGUCAAUUGGGGCCUACCUGUAAUGUAUACAGUAUGUUUGGAUCUGAGACUUGUUGCACAAAAAGCUGAAGCUACUUACCUUCAAAGCAAUGGAAAGAUCCUAGAAAAGGCAGCAGAAAGCUUGUUAGCAUGCUUCAGGGUCUGUGCUGCUGAUAACCGCUCAUCUGAUGCUGACACCAAGAGAUUAGGAAUGCUGACUCUUGUCAACCAACUCCUCAAAGUGUACUUUAGGAUCAAUAAGCUACAUCUUUGCAAACCAUUGAUAAGAGCAAUUGAUUCAUCACCAUUCAAAGAUCAGUUCCCAUUAGCCCAACAAAUCACCUACAGAUACUUUGUAGGUCGCAAAGCUAUGUUCGAUUCAGAUUAUAGAUCUGCUGAUGAUUAUCUGUCAUUUGCUUUCCAUAAUUGUCAUAAACAGAGUAUUAAGAAUAAAAGACUUAUUCUCACCUACUUAGUACCAGUAAAAAUGCUUCUAGGCUUCAUGCCAUCCAUACAAUUGCUGCAGAAAUAUGACCUAAUGCAAUUCUGGGACCUAGUAUCUGCUGUGAAGAAAGGUGACUUGAGAGGAAUAGACCAAGUAAUGGAAGAACAUGAGAGUUUCUUUAUUAGUGCUGGUAUAUACUUAAUUGUGGAAAAAUUAAAGAUCACUGCAUAUAGAAAUUUAUUCAGGAAGGUUUAUUUAGCUGAAAAUAGCCAUCAAAUUGAAAUAGCUAGCUUCCAGGCUGCUUUGCAACUGAUGGGGCAUGAUGAUGUGGAUGCUGAUGAAACCCAAUGCAUUGUUGCGAAUUUGAUUUAUGAUGGUAAAAUUAAGGGGUAUAUCUCAUAUCAACACAAGAAGGUGGUAGUAAGCAAGCAGAAUGCGUUUCCUCCUCUGUCCAGUUUGUAUUAGUUUUAUGAGGGCCCUAGUGGGGAGGAGCAAGAGAAUUCGGAUUAAAUUGUUGCAUUUACAUUAAGAUUAUUGACACUAUUCUUCUAUAAAGGAAUUUAAAGUUCUAUCAUUGUAGAAUUGAUUCAGUUUUCAAUAGAAAUUAAAUAGGAAAUUUGAUAGGCAUAAAAUGAUUCCAUAAAAGCAAAAAUAGUGUUGUAAUCUUUAAUUAUGUAUUGAGGGUUGAAUUACUGCAGGGUAUUCCAAUUAUGGAAAUGGUUUGUCAGAAAAGUCUUGCUACCCUUACCGGGGUCCCAUUAGUUCUAAGGUAGUCUUAGACUGACAUAUUUUUAUAUCAAUUUUGUACGCUCACAGUGAAGUGACAAUAUAGUUAAAAUAGCCGCUGCAUUCCGCACAAUAGUUACUUAAUUCUGUACUUGUAUUUAUUCCCAACAUAUUGGUUCAUGAUGCAAAUGUUUAUUGUAAUUUAAAUGUAGUUUCCUUUUCAAUAUUAGAUUUCUGCAUUGGUAUUCAACUAGUCUUGUUUAAAACUACACUGCUUAUGAAUGUGCCAAAAAGAAGUAGCUACUGGUAUCUAAUAGUAUAUGAAAAUAAUAAUAGUGUGAGAAAAUAAACCAAAGUGCUGAUCAGUUUUAUUAUUCUAGUAGACAUGCUUUUUUGUCUCUUAUGGCAUAUUUAACUUUAAUUUCUAUGGCGUAGAAUAUAAAAACUAUAAUGUCUUGAAGUUAUUUGAAUAACUGCGAUAUUUUUAGCCCUAGAUUUAAAGUACUCAGUGAGAUUUACACUUUGAUACAGGUUUUUGUAGAUUGAUGUAGUUGUCAAUUAUUAUGGCAUUUUAGUGUAAAACGAAUUGUUCAAUGUAUACCUAGUACUUACAGUAUACAUUAUAUUAUGUACCAUUUAAUAUUUUAUUCUCAAAGGUAUUGUUAGCGGAAUGAUGAUAUUCAAACAUCAAUAAAAAUUUCACACUCUUCAA